AUGUCGUCUGAUUUUAAGUUAGACAUUGCUACUGAUCAUGCCUCUGAAGAGACAGGAUUAGGCAAAACUAUAGAUGAAAAGGGUAAGACAGUGCACACAUCUUUCAACGGAGUUUACGAGCAAGGGAAGUUGUCACCGAACAACUACGUAACAAAUGCAGAGCGAAGAGCUUUGUAUGAUAGAUAUCUGAAAGGAAAUAAAACUACAACCGGUGAUAAUGGCGGGUUUCAUGUUGAUGAUGAGGAGGAAAGGCAUCGAUUGCAUGGAUCUGCCAAGAAGUCUGUACCACUUAUCUCUGGAACAGCUUACUGUAUUUCUUCUUGCAGCAUGAUAAUGCUCAACAAAAUCGUUUUAUCAAGUUAUAAUUUCAAUGCAGGAAUAUCAUUGAUGUUUUAUCAGAACUUAAUCAGUACUAUGGUUGUUGUUCUAUUGGCUCUCUGCGGCAGAGUUUCCGUUGAAAAGCUCAACUGGAGGUUGAUUAGGGUUUGGUUGCCAGUGAAUGUGAUAUUUAUCGCCAUGCUCGUGUCAGGCAUGUAUAGUUUGAAAUAUAUAAACAUUGCAAUGGUGACAAUUCUCAAGAAUGUGACUAAUAUCUUAACAGCAAUUGGAGAGUUAUAUUUAUUCCGUAAACGUCAGAGUUCGAAAGUGUGGACUGCAAUGUUUGUGAUGAUUAUCUCUGCUGUCAGUGGAGGUGUUACAGACCUCUCCUUUGAUGCAGCCGGUUAUGCCUGGCAGAUUAUGAAUUGUGUUCUUACCGCAAGUUAUUCGCUUACCCUGAGGUGGGUUAUGGACGAAGCGAAAAAGUCGACCAAAUCUGGUUCUCUUAAUGAAGUGUCAAUGGUGUUGCUAAACAAUUUAUUGUCUUUACCUUUUGCCAUCAUCAUGAUAUUCCUUUUCGGCGAGUGGGAUUAUGUAAUACACGCCGAGGUGGUUAAACUGCCGGAGUUUUGGAUUGUUGCAACAGCUAGUGGACUGAUUGGACUUUCCAUCAGCUUUACCUCAAUGUGGUUCUUACAUCAAACUAGCCCUACAACAUACAGUCUUGUAGGUUCCUUAAACAAGAUUCCAAUCUCUAUUGCUGGCAUUUUAGUGUUCAAAGUUCCUCUGAGUGUAUCAAAUUUAUUCAGCAUUUUAUUUGGUCUCUUUGCUGGUAUAUUAUUUGCAAGAGCCAAGAUGUCUUAA